ACCCCGCUCCCAGACCACCCCUCCAGCACUACCACCGCCUCUCGCCUCCCCGGCCGGACCCCGGGGCAGCCCCGCCGAGACCAUGAGGAAAUUCAACAUCAGGAAGGUGCUGGACGGCCUGACCGCCGGCUCGUCCUCGGCCUCGCAGCAGCAGCAGCAGCAGCACCACCACCCGCCGGGGACCCGGGAGCCCGAGAUCCAGGAAACGCUCCAGUCCGAGCACUUUCAGCUCUGCAAGACUGUUCGCCAUGGAUUUCCCUAUCAACCCUCAGCCUUGGCCUUUGAUCCUGUACAGAAGAUCCUGGCAGUCGGAACACAGACUGGUGCUUUAAGGCUUUUUGGUCGCCCAGGAGUCGAGUGCUACUGCCAGCACGAGAGCGGGUCUGCCGUCAUCCAGCUGCAGUUCCUGAUUAACGAGGGAGCUCUUGUGAGUGCCUUGGCUGAUGAUACCUUACAUUUAUGGAAUUUACGUCAAAAGAGACCUGCCAUACUACAUUCACUUAAAUUUUGCAGAGAAAGGGUUACAUUUUGCCAUCUGCCUUUCCAGAGUAAGUGGCUCUAUGUGGGCACGGAACGAGGCAAUAUACAUAUUGUCAAUGUGGAGUCCUUCACACUCUCAGGCUACGUCAUUAUGUGGAAUAAAGCCAUUGAACUGUCAUCUAAGUCUCACCCAGGUCCUGUUGUUCAUAUAAGUGAUAAUCCGAUGGAUGAAGGAAAGCUUUUGAUUGGCUUUGAAUCUGGAACAGUAGUGUUAUGGGACCUCAAAUCAAAGAAAGCAGACUACAGAUAUACAUAUGAUGAGGCUAUCCACUCUGUUGCUUGGCAUCAUGAAGGAAAACAGUUUAUUUGUAGUCAUUCCGAUGGCACCUUGACCAUAUGGAACGUGAGGUCCCCUGCCAAGCCUAUGCAGACAAUCACUCCACAUGGAAAACAGCUAAAGGAUGGAAAGAAGCCAGAACCAUGCAAGCCUAUCCUCAAGGUGGAAUUCAAAACGACAAGAUCUGGGGAACCUUUUAUUAUUUUAUCAGGAGGUUUAUCCUAUGAUACUGUUGGAAGAAGACCUUGCUUAACAGUUAUGCAUGGGAAAAGUACUGCUGUGCUAGAAAUGGACUAUUCAAUUGUUGACUUUUUGACUCUUUGUGAAACACCAUACCCCAAUGAUUUUCAAGAACCAUAUGCUGUUGUUGUUCUUCUAGAAAAGGAUUUAGUACUUAUAGACCUUGCACAAAAUGGAUAUCCUAUAUUUGAAAAUCCCUACCCUUUGACUAUACAUGAAUCUCCUGUUACGUGUUGUGAAUAUUUUGCUGAUUGUCCUGUGGACCUUAUUCCUGCACUUUAUUCUGUUGGAGCUAGACAGAAGCGUCAAGGUUAUAGCAAAAAGGAGUGGCCCAUCAAUGGAGGUAAUUGGGGUUUGGGUGCUCAAAGUUACCCAGAAAUAAUUAUUACAGGGCAUGCCGAUGGGUCAGUUAAGUUCUGGGACGCUUCUGCAAUAACCCUACAAGUAUUAUAUAAACUAAAGACAUCUAAAGUAUUUGAAAAGUCAAGAAAUAAAGAUGACAGGCCCAACACAGACAUCGUGGAUGAGGAUCCGUAUGCCAUCCAGAUCAUCUCCUGGUGUCCCGAGAGUAGGAUGCUGUGUAUAGCUGGGGUUUCAGCUCAUGUCAUCAUUUAUAAGUUCAGCAAACAGGAAGUGAUAACAGAAGUCAUUCCGAUGCUUGAGGUUCGAUUGUUAUAUGAAAUCAGUGACGUGGAGACCCCCGAGAGUGAGCAGGCACCACCUCUGCCAACACCGGUCAGCGGUUCCAAUCCUCAGCCCCCUCCUCCUCAGUCUCACCCAUCUACGAGUAGCAGUUCAUCUGAUGGGCAUCGUGAUAAUGUCCCUUGCCUAAGAGUUAGAAGUUCACCACUUAAGCAGUCUCCAGGUUAUCAGACAGAACUAGUUAUUCAGUUGGUUUGGGUGAGCGGAGAACCACCGCAGCAAAUAACCAGCCUGGCAGUCAAUUCUUCCUAUGGGCUGGUCGUUUUUGGCAAUUGUAAUGGCAUUGCUCUAGUAGACUACCUCCAGAAAGCUGUACUCCUCAAUCUGGGCACUAUUGAGUUAUAUGGCUCCAAUGAUCCGUAUCGGAGAGAACCUCGGUCCCCUCGGAAAUCUCGACAGCCUUCAGGAGCAGGUCUCUGUGAUAUCAGUGAAGGGGCUGUAGUCCCAGAGGAUCGCUGCAAAUCUCCAACUUCUGGUUCUUCAUCACCACACAAUUCAGAUGAUGAACAAAAAAUGAAUAAUUUUAUAGAAAAGGUGAAGACCAAAAGCAGAAAGUUUUCCAAGAUGGUAGCCAGUGAUAUAGCAAAGAUGUCAAGGAAGUUAAGCUUGCCUACUGACCUAAAGCCUGAUUUAGAUGUAAAAGAUAAUUCUUUCAGUCGCUCACGAAGUUCCAGUGUAACCAGCAUUGAUAAAGAAUCCCGAGAAGCGAUCUCCGCUCUUCAUUUCUGUGAAACUUUCACUCGAAAGGCAGAUACAUCACCUUCCCCCUGCUUAUGGGUGGGAACUACACUGGGGACCGUGCUUGUCAUUGCACUGAAUCUCCCCCCGGGGGGAGAGCAAAGACUUCUGCAGCCAGUAAUUGUGUCUCCAAGUGGUACUAUUUUGAGGUUGAAAGGGGCGAUCCUGAGAAUGGCAUUCCUGGAUGCCACCGGCUGCUUGGUGCCACCUGCAUACGAACCCUGGAGAGAACCCAACGUUGCUGAAGAAAAAGAUGAAAAGGAGAAAUUGAAGAAACGCCGGCCUGUCUCCGUAUCCCCCUCUUCUUCUCAGGAAAUUAGUGAAAACCAGUAUGCAGUGAUAUGUUCUGAAAAGCAAGCAAAAGUAAUCUCACUGCCAACCCAGAACUGUGCUUAUAAGCAGAACAUUACAGAAACCUCAUUUGUGCUCCGUGGAGAUAUUGUAGCUUUGAGUAACAGUAUCUGCCUUGCUUGUUUUUGUGCCAAUGGACAUAUUAUGACUUUUAGUUUGCCAAGUUUAAGGCCUCUAUUGGAUGUGUAUUACCUGCCACUUACCAAUAUGCGGAUAGCCAGAACGUUCUGCUUCACCAACAAUGGGCAAGCGUUGUAUCUUGUUUCACCUACAGAAAUCCAGAGACUCACUUACAGUCAAGAAACCUGUGAAAAUCUUCAGGAAAUGUUGGGUGAACUCUUCACUCCUGUCGAAAACCCUGAAGCACCAAACAGGGGGUUCUUCAAAGGCUUGUUUGGAGGUGGUGCACAAUCUCUUGAUAGAGAAGAACUAUUUGGCGAGUCAGCAUCGGGCAAGGCCUCGCGGAGCCUCGCACAGCACAUCCCCGGGCCUGGCGGCAUCGAAGGCGUCAAGGGGGCCGCCUCCGGGGUCGUGGGCGAGUUGGCCCGGGCCCGACUGGCCCUGGACGAGAGGGGCCAGAAACUGAGUGACCUGGAGGAGAGGACUGCGGCCAUGCUGUCCAGUGCAGACUCCUUCUCGAAACACGCGCACGAGAUGAUGUUGAAAUACAAGGAUAAGAAGUGGUACCAGUUCUGACAACCAGAAGUCCAACGAAGUUCCACUUCAGUCAGAGGGGAAAAAUGUUUUUCCUUGUUUAUCUCAAUUUAGGAAAGUUCACAUUAAACGAUGUUCCCCACUGGAUACUGUUCUUUCCUAGCACAAUCAUGCACUGUUUUACCUCAGUCGUGUGGCUUUCACUGAGGGGUGUUCACACAUGCAAACUGGAAGCGUCCAUGGCGUGUACCUGCUCUGAGUGACAGUUUGGGAACUACAGCAGGUUACACGUUCCAGAACAAGCAACCACGGGUGAGGUGGAAGAGACCUGGCAGGGACGAUUCCUGGAUCAUUCCUGUAUUAAGCUUUCAUAUGCCAAAAGAUUCCGUGCUGUUGUAUCUGCCAUCAGUGUUUGACCUCUUUGAGGGAGAGGCAAUAAGUCUGCGGUCCCGAAGCUGAAAUAGUCAUGUUUGUGUCUUGGGAUUUCCCUCCCUUAAACUGACUGGUCAUCAAGUAUCAUUAGUGAAAAAAAGAAAACAAACUGAUUGUUACCAUACCUUUAGAUAGAUUAAGCUGAAUGGUGGGCUUUCAAUUAUAAAAACAUACACAUAGUUGAUUUGUGUAUGGGCUACUCUUGGAUUCUUGUUGUUGUAUACUUGUGUUUAGUCCAUAUUUUGUCAAAAGCAAAAUCAAGGCGAAACAUCACUUUUCAUUGCGAAGAAAAGUGUAGAACAUGACUGAACUGCUCUUCAUUCUGGAAGUUUCCAUGUAGUGGCAAUACAGUGUGGAAAGUGAAAAAAAAAAAAAGAAAAAACCCUCCAUUGUGGUGAGGCGAAUUCUUCCAUGUCCCUUGUCCUUCUCAUUAAUUCAGCUAACGGUGGACUUUACCCAAAAAAGUUGCUGGUAAAAUUUGUAGAAAUGUGGAAAUUGGCUGUUUUUAAUUUUGCUUGAAUUUUUAUAAAAUGUUUAACCAAUUGUACCUUUGCAUUAUUUAAUUAAAGUUGCUAAAAAACCGUUUCAUUAUUUCAGUAAAAUGCUCAGCUCCCUUUUUAAAAUGUCCUUUAUUCGCUAACAGUUCCAGUACACUCAGGUGAUGAGCCAAUUAAAUCUUAGUGUACAGGCUGUUGCAUGGGAAAUGACAAGCAUCUGUUGUCAAUCAUUAUCUACUUACAAGUCUAGUUGAUGACCUACACAAUAUUUUCUGUAGAAAUAUACCGCACAUGUCCUUUCAAGGUGUUUUACAAAGCCAAAAGGAAAGGAAAUAAGUGCAUUCUUUUGGUAACUAAAUUACUUCUGUAUUGGAAGAUAGUGCAUACGUGACCAUCAGUGGAGAAUGAACAUUUGAUUCCUAGAAUAGCAUUGCAGAAAGAAGAGAUCCGUUGGUAAAUACCGAAGGAACCAAUCUCCUAAUACAGGCUCCUCUGAAAUUAUCGACCUUAAAGCAACAAAAGAAGAGCAAAACAGAAGCAUUAUGAUGAUAAUGGAAUUGAAAUAUUUUCUUCUGUAGAAACGAAACAGUUUUAUUCGUCAUUAAGGGAUCAUCUGCGCAAAUUGAUGGCAGAAUGGUUGUUUUUCUAUCCCGUAUGCUCAUUCGCAGCGUCUAUAGGACACCUCAUGCAUCCAUCUUUUCCUCUUUUUGUUAAUAAUGCUUUGUGUUUACAUUUUAUGAUGUGCACUACAGAACAUGAAAGUUUACAUUCAAAUUGCUUUAAAUAUCAAUGGGUAGGGAUUACGUGUAUGUGAUAUAGAUAAUUGAUUAAGCCAAAAGAAAUAUUUUUUAAAUGUGAUUCAUUUCAAAAGUUUCUGAAUUUGACGGCAUUUUUGAAUGGCAUUUUUCUGUUUAGUUGGUAUCAGCUGUAUGAUGAAUAUUCAGCAGUUUACAAGUUGCUUAGUUUGUAUUGCAUAUUACCUAAUAAAUCCAUUGGUUAUGAUAUGUCACAGAAAGUAUUAGGUCCUUGUAAAAGAUACAGUUUUGUGAAUGUCAUCAGUAAUUUCAGCAGUUAGGGAUUUAAAGUUGAAAAGCACUUAGUAAAGUAAUAUACUGGUUGAUUACCGAUUCAUGUGAAAGGACAUAUUAACUCCAGUUAUUUAAUUUACUGUUAUUUUAUGUUAAUUGUAUAUUGACUUCAUUUUUACUGUUGUAUAUAAAAUAAACUAACCUUGUAAUUAUUUUCAAAUAGAGAAGCAGAUACCUUUAACAGAGAUGGAUUUUAUAAGAAAGUCUUGAAUCAAUAUUUUGAGUUAUUUUAUUUCAUUUUUUAAAUUAAUCUACAAAGUAUGCACAAACUAGGAACUCGUGUAGAACUAGAAAGCUUGAAGUAUUUUUAAGAUAGGAACUAAGCUUCCAGAAUAAUACUUGAUUCAGUCUGUAGAUAAGAGACAGUCUGCAGUAAUAACUAACCCAGGGAGUUUACUGUCAUUUGAGAGAUAGCAUUUCUAUUUUUUUUUCUUUUGAAACACAAAUAAUAGUCACCAGCAAACCAGAUUUCAGGAAAAGAAACAAAAAAAAAUGUCAAAAAUAGAAAUACUAGAAAAUGAAAGAUUUUAUUUUGCUUGCUCCAUAUCCUCACAUAUUUUGUCACAUUUGUCAUUGGCACUAAAAUUGAUUAGCAGUUUGUCAAUUGGAAAUGAUUUCCCUGUAUAGGACACAUAAUCCCGUUUUUUUUUUCUUAAAACUAAAAUCCAUUAUAUUUGGUUAGAAAAUUAUUUGAAUUCACUAUUCUGACAAAUUCUGUACAUUCUACUUACUAGAAGUUUUGCAUUAUCUUAACCCCCUUGGUUUGCAUUUCACUUAUACAUUGUGUCUCCAAAAAAAGUUAUAGUUUAACUGAGCUAUUACUAACUUUCAUUUUUUUGUCCAUGUGGAAAAAAAAUGCUGCUACUUGUCUAUGUUGUUACAUGUAGUGUAUUGCGAUUAAGUAUAGUAUUUUAAAGUUAAUGAGUUAAGCAUUUCUUUUGCUUAGAACUUCUUAAUUGUAGGUUUCUCUGAAGUUAUUUCACGUAGAUAUAUGAGUGAUUUAGACAAGUCUGAAAGUGUUACUUUUUAGAUGAUAGGGGGUGGUGACACAGUUGAGGAGUGGAAAAAUGCAAGGAAGGCCACCAUGGUGUUCGAAGUUUUGCCCUGAGUUCUCUAUUCAGUAUAUGUUUGCUUAAGGCAUUCCUCAUGUGACAUUAGAAAAGCUAUUAUCCAAAGGUAAAUUUUUUGUGGCAAAUGUUUAUUUUACAUCUUUUGGGAUUUUGUUUAUUUGUUUUUGCAAAAUAAAGAGCACUGAACUUUAAACUUGAAUUUUUUCUGCACUUUUUUAGGGAAAGAAAACUUUUUAUUGUCAUUUAAUCCACACUUUCAGUUUGAAUCAAGUGAUACAUAUGUAUAAAACAUACCAAAACCAUGAAGAUGCUGCUAGCUGUACCUAUCAAUUAAACUGAUCAUAAGUUUCAAAACCUUUAAUAGGGUUUUAUAUCGUUUUCAAGGAUUCAAAAACAAGAGUAAGCUUAUUUGCUCUGUGUUUCAGUGUUUUAGGUCUUGAAUCAUUGCAACACUUUCAGAUUUGUUUUAAGAUCAUACAGUAACAUGUUAUAUUUAUACAUACUGCUAGAGAAGAUACUUUUAGUUUUAAAAUGGAAUUUUUAUAAAUGUAUUAUUUAAUUUUAAAAAUGGUGAACUUGUUAAGUUUAAGUCAAAGUACUUAAAAAGUAUGUAUAUUAUCCAUACAAAAAGUUAUGUUCUACGCUUAUAAUAAGAAAUACUGGUAUCUCAUAUCGAGAUACAAUUAGUUAAAAAAUAUCAUACAUCAUCCAAAAGUCUUCACAUGUGACAGGAGGGUUAUCAUUCCUAUGGUUUUCAAGAACCCUUUAUUGAGCAUUUUCCAAUACGAAUUUAAUUUGGGGACAUGCCCAUAACACUCAUUACAGGAGCUUUCUCAAUAGCCGCAGCUCGCUGUUGGAUGCCUACCUUAACUAUUGUUUUAAAAUAUACAUAUAUAUAUUUAAAAUAGUUUUCCAGGUAUUUUCUUCUACGUUUUUUAAAAAUAAAUUUCCAAAAAUAAAAACAGAGUUUAUGUAUUUUUGUCAACGAAGGUUUUUAUUUUGUAGUUUAUAGAAUUUGUUCCUUCUCAGUUUGAUACUUGAUCAAUAUUCCUAGACUUUUUAAUCUGUAUUUGCUUUGGAAAACAGCAGUCCUCUCUCCUAAGUGUCCUCCCUCUUUUCUUUUUUCCUUUCUAGGGUAUUUGUUCUCUUGGAAUGAAAUUUAUGCCCAUAGAUUAUUUCAUUUCCUUUGAAAUUGUGGAGAUACUGUUUACAGCUCUCAUUAAGUGCAGUUUUCAUCACUCUGCUCAAUUUCUUAUAAAGUGCUUUGGAGAUUUAAUGAUCUUAAUCCUGCCACAGAAGUUUUCAAGGCUCUGUGGAGAGAAAUUAACUGUUGCACCAGCAACAAGAUUUCAAGGAAAAACCAGCUUAGCUUUCUCUGCAUAAUUAAUUGGUUUUAAUAAGUUCCCAAUUGCCAGAAUUAUACUGUUGCUUUUUUUCUUUUUCACUCACCAUCUUAGUUUUAAAUCAUUCGGCAGACUUAAUUUACAAAUUGAGUACAGUAGUCCAGGGCUACAAGUAAGUGCUCUUUUUAUUUUCCUCUUUAAAUCAGAAAAAUCACGUCCGUUUUGCCAGUAGUUUUGAAUGAGGCUCUUAAUUUAAAUAAUUCAUAGUGUAUGAGAUGUAAAUAAACCAGUAUUAAUUUAUGGUGGGUUGUUUGACUCAGGCAUUUAAAUGGAUAAUAGGCUAAUGACAAUGGAAUCCUAUUUAGGAGUUUCAUUUAAACUUUGACAUGACAGCGUGUUUAGUUUUUAAACUUUGCUUCAACUUAAAGGCAAUGUAAGGCAUUGAAAACAUUCAACAUAUCAAUAGCAAUGCAAAGAGGGGUAAAUCAUGUUUUAACGUUUUUUCAUUAUUUUUUUUUGUAAAUAUGUGGUACUGUGAUAAUUUAGAUGUGACCUCUGCUUAACAUGGUAGUUAGAAUCAGAAAAACAUUUUGCUUUCUAAUUAUACAAUUGGUUCAUUGUAAAUGCAUCACCGGAUACAAUAUGAAAAAGCAAGAUUAAGUUUUUCUACCAUUGUCCACUUCAGGGCAAGCAUGCUUGGUAUAGAGAUCUAGCUUGUGUAUACCUUGAACUGUAGAUGUAGGUAGUUUUCAGUUGCUGCACUUUAGUUUUUUGAAGACUUGCUCAGUCCAGUAACUAUCUCAAUGGUAAUUGCUGGAAUAUGCAUUUUAAAUAUGGUUUAAAAAAACAUUUCUGUGUACUGUUUCAUUUAAAACAAAAACAGAACAAAAAAAAGCACUAUUGCAAACACAAGAUGUGUUGAACUUUGUAGCUAUUUUGCAUUCCUGUACUUUACAAACUGUCAUCAGAGCAAAAGGUUUAAAAUUAAGUAAUGAAAUAUUUUUGUAAAUAAAUACCUCUAAGCUGGUAUUUUCAAAAUGUAUUCUAAAUUAAUGUUUCUGGAAAAAAUGUUCAUAUAUAUGUAUAUGAAUGUCUCUUUAUGCUGAAGGGCUCUGAUUGGGCAAAAUAAAAUACUCUAAUCUCUCCUGAAACUAAACAA